GAGGAUUGGCGAUUCCACAAGCGGACGUGCAGGAAGCCGGAGGAGAAGCCGGCUCCGCUCGGGGACGAGGCGGGCAAGGGCGAGGGCGACAUGGACCUCGAGGCGAUGAAGAGGCAGAUGUAUGAGGCGACCAAAGACCAAGAUCCGGCGACGGCAAAGCAGAUGCAGUCGAUCAUGGCCGGCAUGAUGGGGAUCGACAUGCCUAAG